GCUGCAUCUUGUGCAAAACGUCGUUUUUUUUUUUAAACCUGUAACGACGUGCUGUCUGAUGUCGGUAUAAGAGGCGACACUAACUGGGGCGUUUUUCUCAACACCGGAAGAGGAAAUCCACGGACACCCGUACAAACCAAAAUGGCUGCACCCGUUUGUAGUAACGUGUUGUUUUUGGUCCCCCAGCCAAAACACACGCUAUAAGAUCAUUGCACAUUACACCACGAAGCUGUAUUACACGACACCGGACACAGCUCCAGCAAAGGUGGGAUUGGAGCCCUUGACAGAGCUGUGUGAAUCUCAGCCAUGCCAGUUGUGUGCAGCAGCUGUGAGAAAAAAAACGCCGUCCUGAAGCGGCCCAAGACCGGGCUGUCUCUGUGCAAGGACUGUUUCUUCUGGGCUUUCGAGGAAGAGGUGCACCAGACGAUCUCAUCAGCCAAGCUGUUUACCGCGGGCGAGACCGUCGGGAUAGGGGCGUCGGGCGGCAAGGACUCCACGGUGCUGGCGCACGUCAUGAAGGUCCUCAAUGAGCGCUACUGCUACGGCUUGCACUUGAUGUUGCUCUCCGUGGACGAAGGCAUCACCGGCUACCGGGACGACUCGCUGGAGACGGUGAAGCGGAACCAGCAGCAGUACGACCUGCCGCUGAAGAUCGUCUCCUACCAGGAGCUGUACGGCUGGACCAUGGACGCCAUCGUCAAGCAGGUGGGCUUGAAGAACAACUGCACCUUCUGCGGGGUCUUCAGGAGGCAGGCGCUGGACAGGGGAGCCAUGGUGCUCAAAGUGGACAAGAUUUGCACAGGUCACAACGCUGACGACGUGGCCGAGACGGUGAUGAUGAACUUCCUCCGGGGCGACAUCGCGAGGCUGCGCCGCUGCACUGCCAUCACCACGGGGAGCGAGGGGGCCAUCCCCCGCUGCAAGCCGCUCAAGUACGCCUACGAGAAGGAGAUCGUCCUGUACGCCUACUUCAAGAAGCUUGACUACUUCUCCACUGAGUGUGUCUACUCGCCCAACGCCUACCGGGGCCACGCCCGGGCCUUCCUCAAGGACCUGGAGUCCAUCCGGCCGAGCUCCAUCGUGGACAUCAUCCACUCGGGGGAGAACCUGUCCGUGAAGGAGGACGUGAAGAUGCCAGUCCAGGGCACCUGCGUGCGCUGCGGCUACAUCUCCAGCCAGAAGCUGUGCAAGGCCUGCGUGCUGCUGGAGGGGCUGAACCGGGGGCUGCCCAAGCUGGGCAUCGGGAAGCACCACAAGCUCCACCACAAGCUCCUGGCCCAGGAGCCCUUGACAGAGAAGGAGGAGAAGAAACUCAAGGCGGUCGAUUUCUGAGCGGGGGCAGUGUUUGUACGUCUUGACCUCUGGGGUUGAUUUGAUCCAGCUGUAGUUGUAUCAGGUAAAGCCCUGGAUUGCAUCCCCUACUAAUUUUAAGGGUAAUCUCUGGAUAACCGUGGAUAGGUGGCGGAUGCAAUCUGGGUUGAUUUACCCUGGUGCUGUAAAAUGCUCUAAAAAUUCAACUAUAUGUUGAUCAAUUUAACACCUGGGCAGUGUACUAUAAAUAAUGUAGUUAAAAUGUGUUUGGCAAUCUGAAAGACAACUUGUCAAAGGCUUUUUAUCAUCUUUUAGUAUUCCUAAAUAUUCUACCAUGGCUUUAUAGCUGUGACCUGUGUAAGGCUCUAUCAGUAGUGCAAUGUGUUUAAAAGCCUGCGAGUCCUGGCGCCCUCCUCCCAGACUCCUGUGCUUCUUGUGUGCUCUUUAUUUGAAAUGUUAACGUGAUACAGUGUUGCAGACAGGACAGUACCGCUGAAUGGCUGUGCUGUAAUAUGCUUUAUUCUACACUGUCUGGUAGAUGACUAGUUUAUGGAUACAGAAUCUCACAGGAGAAACAUCUUGAAUAAAAAAGGAAAUAAAACAAACCACAUUGGGUUUGGAGGAAACCUGCUCUAUUGUUUUUAAAACUUUAUAUCAUUGCAAUAAAUUAUUUCUACAAAAACCAAA